GUUUCCUUACCUCUUGAGGCAUUUCGCCCGAAAAGACAAUCCAUAUCGCUCAGCUACGAUCAGGAUGUAAUACAACAUUGCCGCGGAGUUUCUUGGGUGCGUUGCUAGAUGAAUUGCAGUGUCAUUUCCCCCCCGAUAGUGAGGUCAGAACCGCCGAUCAGAAGUAGUGGAUCACACUUUGACCAGGAAAACGCAUUGGUUCAAGACGCCCACUGGAGGAGUAUAUUUUAGAUUUUACUUUUUAUCCCUAUUUGAUUAGGCUGAUCGGAGCGCUCAAGAAACAUGGAGGUUUUGGCCCCUAAACUGUUUGUUUUUCAACGACAGAAAGCAAGCUUUUUAUAUUUUAAAUAUUUUCUACCCCAUUCAACAGCUCGAGUUACUGCUCCAUCUGAUAUGACUUUCCACGUCUUGGCGAACCCUUCCACGGACGCAGCAACGCCACUCGAUGUUCUAGGGAAGCGAUGUCUCGACAAAAGUCGAUCUACUCCUCAGCGGCGUCGUCGAUUGCCCGGUGUUAAAGAAGUAGCAGGGGCUAGACAAGGGGCGACUAAGCGACAAAAAAUGUCGUCGUCGUUGGAGGAGCUAUCGCCAACGCGACCUUGCUCGCCGCAAACCCUUUUUUCUAGCUCGUCGACAACACCUCUUGAAAGGAAGAACGAUACCGAGCGCCGCUACGCGACGCGUAGCACGGUUGCGUCGCUUCCCAACACCGCCAGCUCUGUUCCCUCACCAUCGAUGUUCAAGGCACUCUCCAAGCGAGACGUAAUAUUCACUCUUCGCCAGAGGCUCAGAGUUGAAACUAUUCCCUUGAACAGGAUACCCUCCUUUAUGGACCACUUCCUCGAUUACCAGUCACCCUCGGUCGAUUACGAUUCCGAAGAAAUCCUACUCGAUAUCGCAUUCCGCAUCAAGCUCAACAACCUUCGUCAUAUCCUCGGGGGUCUUGAGUAUGGGAGUGGUCUCCCAGAGGACCCUCAGUCAUCCGACAAGCGUGCUAUCCAAUUCCUUUGGCCCGAGAAAGAUGUAUGGACAUUCACGUUCGCAGACGAUAGUUACGACAGGGACUAUGACAGUAUUACGACGCAAACACGACAUCCUGACUCUUUUGAGCGAUCCACGUCCAGCUGGCCAGACGUUUGAGGUCACUGGUGACGUGGGACGCAGGGGGGUUUGUCAACCUAUGCCUGUCUCCAGUGGACGGGGAGUGUGGGGAAGGAGAGAGACCACUUCAUUAACAUUCAGGAUCGACGCCACAUGUGAACCUGGGUUGGGCGGGGGGGUGUUGGACGUUUGCUGUGGACUGUGUGACACAGUCUACAGCAAACGUCGCUGAUUAUGGUGCGGUCGCCGGUCCCCCCUCCCCCCCGGUUCCGUUAGAAAGCAGUGUUCGGUUCCCUUUAGGCUUUGGUUGGAACGUUUGUGGGGGAUGUUAUUACUUAGUUUAACCCCUUUGCGGCCUGUCCUUGUUUCAUGGGCGUCUUGUGCCUAAUUGGGACCUUUAUUUCUAGUACCUGUGUCAUAACGCCACUAUUCCUGAUUGUAUGUUCUCGGCGAGACGAUAGCCUAUACAGAGGUCACGCGGACUCUGGUGUGUUCCUUCCGGC